AUGGCAACGGCUCCACGGCGCCUUCCCCUGCUUCUCCUCGCCGUUGUCUUGUCCUCCUCUUACGUCGACGUCGCUGUAGCACAGGGAGUGGCACAUUGGUUCUGCUCGACCACGGGCGACUACGGAGUGUAUAGCCGGUACCGGCUAAAUCUUUUGGCCCUCAUGGCCGACCUCCCGGCGCGUGCCCUCGACAACCGUUUCUACUACAACGGCGCGGCCGGCGAAUCACCGGACGAGGUGUUCGGCCUCGUCUCGUGCUAUGCCGACCGCAACUGGACGGAGUGCCACGACUGCCUCUACACCGCGGCCUCCGGGAUACAGCAGUCGUGCCCGUUCGGCCGGCAGAUGAAGGGUGCCUACGACUCGUGCCUUCUCCGCUACUCCAACGAGUCCUUCGUCUCCGUCGCCGACCUCGACUUCGCCAUCUACGUGGAGGACCCGACCUACGUGGACGACCCGUCCAGCAUGAACAGCACGAGAUGUGAUUUGCUCACCCGGUUAGCGGCGGAGGCCGCGCGUUCGCCGCUGCGGCUAGCGAACGGGAGCGUGACGUACGCGGCCUGCUCGCAGUCGCCGACGGCCAUGCACGGUCUGGCGCAGUGCACGAGGGACCUGAACGCAAGCGAGUGCAGCGGGUGCCUUACCAAGUUCGUGGGAGAGCUCUCCAGUGUGUUCCCAAACAACACCUAUGCUGGCAUCAAGGGCUACAGCUGCUACGCCGUAUACAGCAUCGGUGACGGCGAGUUUCUCCGUAUCACCAUUCCACCGCCGUCCAAUCUCCCAUCAGUAUGUGGUUUUUUUUUUCAUUUAGAAGCUCCGCCACUUGCCGCCGACAGGACUAGCAGCAGGACGCCGCUGGUGGCCGGCGUGUCUGACGGUGUCGUCGUUGUAUUUGUCAUCUCAUCGCGUCUGUUGGUUUGUUUCCUUUUGCGCUAUCGGAGGCGGAAUCGGAUUGCGAGAGAAGUAGAUACUUUUGACGAUGAUCCCAUGGAAGAUGACUUCGAGAAAGGCACAGGUGCCAAGCAGUUUCGGUAUAGUGAUCUUGCCCUCGCCAUCAGCAACUUCUCCGACGACAAGAAGCUAGGUGAAGGUGGUUUCGGUUCGGUGUAUAAAGGAUUCUUGAAGGAGCUUAAAAUUGAGGUGGGUAUAAAAAGAGUGUCCAAGACCUCCAAGCAGGGGAGGAAGGAGUACAUGUCAGAGGUGAAGAUCAUAAGUCGGUUGAGACAUCGAAACAUCGUACAGCUUAUUGGCUGGUGCCAUGGUGACGGCGAGCUCUUGCUUGUAUACGAUCUUAUGCCCCAUGGCAGCCUAGAUACUCACCUUUACUGUUCAAACGCCACAUUAUCGUGGCCACUCAGGUAUGAGAUUGCAUUGGGGCUUGGGUCGGCACUUCUCUACCUGCAUCAAGACUGGGAGCAAUGUGUUUUGCACCGUGACAUCAAGCCAAGCAACAUCAUGUUAGACACGUCCUUUUGUGCCAAACUUGGUGAUUUCGGGCUUGCCCAGCUUGUCGACCAUGGCCGAGGACCAUACACAACAGAUCUUGCAGGAACUAUGGGCUACAUGGAUCCUGAAUGCGUGGUCACCGGAAGGACCAGCAUCGAGUCUGAUGUCUACAGCUUUGGCGCCGUCAUGCUCGAGAUAGCCUGCGGCAAGUGGCCUGCGGUUGCUCGGGGGCAAGAGGACAUCAUUCAUCUGGUGCAAUGGGUUUGGGAUUCAUGGGAAAGUAGAAGGGUAAGGACCCUUGAAGCGGCCGAUGCACAGCUCAGCCUGGAGUUUCACGAACGGGAGAUGGAGUGCGUGAUGGUUGUCGGGCUCUGGUGCGCGCACCCUGACAGGACCCUGAGGCCGUCCAUCAAGCAAGCGGUCAACGUGCUACGAUUUGAGGCGCCUCUGCCAAGCCUUCCAGUGAAGAUGCCCGUCGCGACAUUCACGACGACAAUUGAUUCUUCAUUAGUUUCUGCAUCUCAGCUUACAGCCGGCAGAUGA